UCUAUAGGGGGUCCAAAAUAUGCCCGGUAUCGUGAUCUAUAGCUGUCAAUGGUCUUUAAAGUUUAGUUUACAAAUCCCUGCUCUGUCCGAACUCUCACUUCUUUCCUUCUUCUGUUCAGUUGCAGUCGACAUAUAUCAUUGCUUGUGAACCAUUUCGCUUGAAGAACAAAAUCAGGAACGCCCUCUAUCAAUCAUCAUGUGGUUCAGAUUGUCACUGGUUGUUUUUCUCUCUGUGACUGUGUUUUCGCGGUCUACCGAGGCAAUAUUUAACAUCAACUUGAAUUCUGUGAGGAGCGCAUUCACAGCGACCGAUUGUGGAGGUCGGAAUGCGGCUCUUCGUUUCAACAGCGUUUCCGUCACACCACAACCGAUCGCCAUGCCUGGAACGAUACGCAUCGCAGUCAACGUCGAAAUCGUUCGUAAUAUCUCGCAGACGAUGUCGGCUGAGAUCACGGUAUCUAGACGUGUUGACUUCGGUUUCUUGGGACAUACGUGGUUUGACGUGACACCACCUUGCCCUCCUGGACAGCAAUGCCGCACUGACAUGUGUAGUAUCAUCAACAACACUGUGCAGAGCCAGGGAUGCCCAGCCGAGGUCAUCGGCAACGGAUUCACCUGCACCUGUCCUCCGACCAUGGGUUCGUACGUGACGAGGAGCGAUCUCCCAUUGCUGGUCGAGAUACGAGAGAGGGAUCUACCGCAUCAGAUUAUUCGUGACUUGAUCAGGGGCACAUACAAGAUACGAGCUUCAAUGUAUGACGGGUCUGGAUCCAGUGUUGGUUGUUUUGAGGCUAGAUUUGGGCUUGUACCUGGCCCAAAUCGCCCAAAUCCAUAGAUCUUC